AUGUCGUUUCCAUCUUGGCUUAUCGACGAUGCCAGCUGCGGAACAUCAAAUCCUGUUUCGGGUCUGAUGAAGCAGCUUGUGCAAGACAAGUCUUCGCAACGAGAUAGAUUUAAUUCUGAUCAACUGAAUGAAGGCUCUUCUAGAAAGACUUUUAGGACACAUACGAACGUAGAGGCACAUAAGCAUGAGUACGAAAAGUUUUUCGUUCAACCGGGUCGCGAACCUGAUGUUUACGAUUUAGAUCAGAUGGGCAAGGAACUUCAAACAAUUAUACAUGAUACACAAGACAACGAAAAUUGGGUUCACAAUUUUCUAAAUCAACCUAAUUUGAUAAAUGAUGAUCCUUUAAGUCGUAAUGUAGCUUUUGAAAAGAUUUUUAAUGAUGCUAAUGUUCAAGAUGAAUGGAUCAAUAUGUAUCUAUCUACAAAUCAAAAUCCUAGCAGGUUACCUCCGGAUGAAUAUGCUGCAUUUGAGAGUGCUUUCCAUGAUGCAAAUAAAAACGUGGAUUGGGAAUCUGAAUUUAAUGCUAUAGAAAAAGCUAAUUUGAUUUCUCAAGAUAAAUUAUGGACAAAUGAAUUUCAGCAACAAAAUCAAUUGCGUGAUAAUGAAGUUUCUUUAGAAGGAAAUAAAGUUGUUGAACAAAAAUCACCCGUAUCCAACGGCGACUGGGCAUCCGAUUUUAGUACCCAGAAUCAAAAUAGCAUCUCCCCUGGUCCAUUUACCCAACAGCACAUGUAUCCCGGAA